CGAGUUGCUCUGCACCAUGUUGAGAUUGUUUCUGCUCUUGGCGCUUUUGCCACUCACUAUUGCUUCAGAAGAGGGUCGAAUUCUCUCCAGGAAACGGAGGUACCUCACUUUUCCGGAAGGAAGUGCUAUGACCUUUCUGGUGUGUUGCAACUCCGUGGGUCCUUUCGCCGCCGACCUUUAUACAUUUGGUCUCGACUUAGACAUGUCCUGGGACCUUCCGAACACCACACGCGGAAUCAAACCAAUUUAUCCCCUUUUACAAGAACAGCGAAGGGAAAGAAGGGACGUUUACUCCAGGCUGGAGAGCCUCUUUGAAGCGGCAGGUCUCAAUGGUAGGACUUGUGUUCUUCGCGCCAUGUGCGAAGUCAGCAGAAGAUUGGGACCAAUCGGCGAAACAGGUGGACUUAUCGAGGAACUUCUAAAGCUCGUCUUUACAUUGCCGCAAGUGGAGGGAGAUGAAGAUGACCCGCGGCAUGGUCACUACGUGGUUGCUAAUAAACUCGGCAUUGGCAGCCAACAUGAAUGCACAAGAAUAUUUCCUGGGUGCCCCAUCAGUUUGAUUGACUUGGUUCUUGGUCCAGAAUUGUGAUAUUAAAAAAAAUGCAUUAAAUAAAUUUGUAAAUAUAAAUUGAAGAUAAAUGCAUAAACAGCAGACUUAUCAUAACCAUCUAUUCUACAAUAUU